AUCAGAUAGUCGACAGCUCCAUCUCUGGUGGGAAAUUACGUUUGGGAAGAGGGUAGAACAGCGAAAUAUACGGACUACGGUGGCGUUGUAGCCUUUGUUGUCGUUUGCUUCUUUAAUUUUCAUUUUUGGACCCAUGGUUACUUGUUUGUUUCGAGGUGAAGAACGCAUAUUUCCCCCGUGAUGCUAUGUAAACAAUGAUUGCCGUCUGUGCGCUACCGUAAUUUAUGCCAUCAAUGAGGGGGAAAUGGACUGAACGCAAGCUGGUUACUUUCUCUACCGCCAAGGCACCGCUCCAUGCAGGGACAGAAUAAACACAUUUAGUUGUAAAUGAAAGUUUUAUAUAACAUUGUAGAUGACAGCUCUUAUUUUCUGAAUAUAUUUUUUCCGUCUCCGAAUCGUUUUCACCAUCUGGUUUUUGGUUGCUUGGACGUUGCACUGUCUCCGGGAAAUAAGGAUUUUUUUUAUAUGAGGAAGCUAUUUAUUACAGAGAUACCAAAAAGAAAGAGGCCUUUCCGUUUUCAAGGCCGGAUUUGAGUUCAAUAGGGGAAAAUGGUAAACAACCCAAAUGGAUAAAAUAUGGAUAUCAUGGGACUUAUUGGAACAUAAUAUUAGAGGAGUGGGAUUGCUUUCGAUAACGUUUCGUGCAAGUUUGAAGUGUCAAAAAAAGAGAACAGCCCAUUGUAGUCACAAUCACUAAAUCUAUUUGACUCAAAUUAAGGGAAGGGGUACUGUUGUUGUAAUUGGCACAUUUGCAGUUGUGCCAACAGCAUAUAUGCACAUUUUUUUUAUUACAUGAUUUGUAUGUUGCUUUUUUAUUGCAAUUUGAGCUGGACCGAGCUUUGACUGUUCAAUGGAAGUAUGUUAUCAGUUACCGGUUUUGCCUCUAGACAGGCCGGUUCCUAAACAUGUUCUCAGCCGUAGGGGAGCCAUCAGCUUCAGCUCCAGCUCGUCUCUUUUUGGUGGACCUGCCCCAAGACAGCUGUCCAAGAGACGAGGGGCGAUCUCCUAUGACAGUGAGGAUCAAACGGCUCUCUACAUUCGGAUGCUCGGAGAUGUGAGAGUCAGAAGCCAGGUGGGGUUUGAACCAGAGCGAAGAGGGUCUCAUCCCUACUUGUAUGUCGAUUUCCGAACUUUGCACUCCCGACCUGAGGCUGCGCGGCCUGUGUCUGCCAGGAAUGUCCGAAGGCUGCUGAGCUUUCAGAGGUACCUCCACUCGUCACGGUUCUUUCACGGCAUCCCAGCCUCCAACCCUCUAGGCUACAUCCUUGACGAUGACUUCACAGGUCAAGCCAAGUUAAUGCUGCAGAAGGUUGGAAACUGGAACUUUGAUAUUUUCCUGUUUGACAGACUUACGAACGGGAACAGCCUCGUCAACCUGACCUUUCACUUAUUCAACACGUAUGGGUUAAUUGAGCUCUUCCAGUUGGACAUGGUUAAACUUAGGAGAUUUUUAGUCAUGAUUCAAGAGGACUACCACUGCCAGAACCCCUACCACAAUGCAGUCCACGCUGCAGAUGUGACUCAGGCCAUGUAUUGCUACUUGCAGGAGCCCAAGCUUGCUGAGACGCUGACCUCCUGUGAUAUCCUGCUGGGUCUGCUUGCUGCUGCCACCCAUGAUCUGGACCAUCCAGGUGUCAACCAGCCUUUCCUCAUCAAAACGGACCAUUACCUUGCAGCACUGUACAAGAAUAGCUCAGUUUUGGAGAAUCACCACUGGAAGUCUGCGGUGGGCCUGCUCCGUGAAUCAGACCUGCUGUCCCACCUCCCCACUGAAGACAGAUUGAACAUGGAGGAGAGGCUUGGAUCCCUGAUUCUGGCUACGGACAUCAGCAGGCAGAAUGACUAUCUUUCAGAGUUCAGGACACACUUGGACAAGGGAGAGCUCUGCCUCACUAACGGAGGACAUCGACACUUUAUCCUUCAGAUGGCUCUGAAGUGUGCGGACAUCUGCAACCCCUGCCGCCCGUGGAAACUCAGCAAACAGUGGAGCGAGAAAGUGACGGAGGAGUUCUUCCACCAAGGUGACAUUGAGCGGAAACAUAAUCUUGAAGUAACCCCACUCUGUGACAGGCAAUCCAACUCGGUUGCCAAUAUACAGAUUGGCUUCAUGGCGUACGUGGUAGAGCCUCUCUUUGUGGAAUGGUCACGCUUCUCUGACACACGGCUGUCCAUGACCAUGAUGAGCCACCUGAGCCUGAACAAGCAAGGCUGGAAGGAGGGGAAGGACAAGCAGGAGGCUAGCUCUAGUAGGGUCUCAGAGGAACAGAGGACUCCUGCCACCAAAGACUCAAACUCCAAAGUAUUACCUCAGGGAAGCAAAGGGUCAUGACAUGCCAAGCAUGACUGGCGCCCACGGUGAGGUGAGAAAGAGUGAAAUUUGUAAGUCGCUCUGGAUAAGAGCGUCUGCUAAAUGACUUAAAUGUAAAUGUAAACGAAUCUCCGCAUCCGACAGAAACUACAUUACCCAGCACUCCCUGCACCACAGCAACUCAGCCACACGCUCCACAUCUAGGUUAACCACUGUUUUUGUUUUUUAUGUAAUUUAACUUAAUUUAUUGAAUUUGGACCCUUUACUUUAACAUAGAGCAAUACAUAUAUACCUCAUGUUGCUUCUGCUGUAUGUAUUUUUAUUUAAUUUUGUACUGUAGUUCUGCUCUGACAUCACUAAUUUGACACAUCACCCUUUUAACAGAGACCUGAAGGGAAUGUUUUCAACAAGACCCUUCUGAUUUAAAGUGCCAUUUGCAAACAUUUUGUUCAUGUUUUUAAAGUGAGGAAACCUUGUAUUCAAAGAGAGGUUCAUGUUGAAUGAAUGAGACAAGCUUCUGUUUGUUGCUGCAUUUCAGACUAAUAGUAAUACUUCCUCGUACGAGAAAUGUGACGAGCCCACUUCACUGCUGCCUCUGAAGACUGUUUACAAGCGUCUUUUGUGCUGCAUUUCACAAAUUAAACAUUGGUUCUGUAAAAAAAAGUUCAUACUGUAUGUGAAUAACCACUCACAUGAAGUACUUGUCCUGUUGACAACACACUGAACAAACAUCUGAUUGCAGAACAACACAAAUGCCCUAAAAGGACUGUUUUGGUCUGUUCGUUGCUCCUUGCACUGUGAACUAUAACAGGUUUUAUGACCCAAUAGUCAGUCAGCUCAGAGACUACUUAUGUGAAAAAAGUCCAUUGGAUGUGGUAUGAAAUCAAUGUAUUUCUUUACUGAUAUGGUGUACAGUGUUGGGGAUUUAACCGUAGCCUAAUAACAAUGUUUUGUAAUAGGGAAACAGGGCAUGCGUGUGGCCUUAACCAUAGAAAUACAAUCUAGAUUCUAUUUUUAUGGCAUUAACAUUCUUUCAACACUUGAAUAACCACUCUUCCAUACUAGUAACGGAUGACCUGAGUUGAGGGUAUAAACAGCAUGACUACUUAUUAAAGUUGAUAUUAGGUGGUCUGCCUCUGGUAGGGCUGUGCCAUGAUCUACAAUGUUAUUUUAGAGAGUCGAAGCCCUUUCUAGAAUGCAAACAGACAACUUUUAAGACUGGCAACAGAUACCUUUAAACUAUGCACAAAACUAAGUGACCAAACCAGUUUUUUUUUUUUUUUUUUGAUCGUCUUCUCUCAAUGCAUUGUCCGACUGUUUUCCUCUGGUGUGAAAAGGAAAUGACUUGGCAUUUGUAGAUUGGACAGUGAUCCAGUCAUAAAAUAAAACAUUCCAUAUUUAAUUUAUUUUUGGUAUUGUUUUUUGAUUCUGUACACAAGACACGAUUGUGUAUCUGGUUGGACUUUCAGUAUAUCGAAUGAAAACCGGUGCUUUUCAUAUUAUGGCAAAAAUGUGUAUUUUCUGGUUACUAUUGCAAGACUGUUUGAUAAAACUUUUUACCAUUUUGAUGUAAGUCAUUUUUGGGUAGGAACUUGCAUGGCAAACUAUUUUGUGAAAAGCUUUGCCAAAUUGAUAUUUUGAUACCUGCCAGUUGCAGUUACAUUUUCAUUAAUAAAACAACUUGUCACACUUA